UGUGAGAUAGUGGAUUAUAGGGGGGUCGAAAAUAACUUAGAACGUUAAGAGGAAAGGGGGAAAAAGAGAGGAAGAGGGAGAGAGAGAAGAAAAUGUUGGUGGAGGAGUAGGUGGUCGUAUGGUCUUUGAAGCUUUUGCUUUAGUGAGUUUCGUGUGUUCCAUCUUCCGAAGUACACGAGUUUUCUACGUUUUGGCAUUUAGAAACGAGAAACUAAAAAAAAAAAUAGAGUCGAGCACAAUGUCCGGCCCAGGGCCAAGGUUUGUGAAUAACCAAUUUAAUUCUCCUAUAAAAUUAUAUUCGCCACAGUCAAUCCAGGAAACGUUGGAUCGCCAAACUCAAAUUCUAGCCAACGGUGCAAUCGGGAUCGAUUUCAACCAGUUGGCAAAACCGGCGAAUCUUCAAAAUAGCGCAGUGCUUCGGAUGCUCGAGGAAGAGGAAAUCAGAAAGCGCAAUGGACAACAACCGAAUCUGAAACGUGUAGCGUGGCCUCCUCCGCCAGAGGAUCAAGAUAUUGACGAAUACAUUGAACAAGGCCCUGUUCAAGCCAAGACUCGUGGAAUUGGCGAAUACGCCACAUAUCAGAGUAGUCCAUCGCCUCAGAAUUUUGCACCAACAUCGCCAACGCCAGUGAGUCCUGGUGGCACAUUACGUCAGCCCUCACACUUUCAACAGCAAAAAUCGGCUAAAGGUUGGGCACCCGUCACACCCCCAGCCACUUCUCCUUUGCCCCAAACAAUUCUCCAGCCACCCACUUGGAAUCAACCACAACAACUGCCAACACAUUUGCAAACUCAGAGCUCAGUGGAUCGAACGCGACAACCUUAUUCAUCACCAAUUUCUACUUUUGAAGCACCACCUUCAACAAUUACAUUAAGGCCAGAACCUCCAAUUUCUCAGAUACCAGCGCCAGUAUAUUUAGCACAACCAGCGGCGACAAAAGCCCCGAUAAGUGGAAACAUGAGGGGAGAUCAAAAAUGGCCACCAGAAAGUGUCAAAGUUCAGACAGAGGCGGAAAAUAAAGCUCGAAUGGAACUAGCGAAAGGACCCGUUUGUAGACCGCGACGAGUAAGAAAAGAUUACAGUGGAUUUUUUGCUCAACAUGCUCUAAACAGUACUUAUCCUGGCUAUAGAGCACCGCCAGGAACUCAGUACUUUACUCCCGGUUAUCAAAACUAAACGAAAACUAGUUUCUAAGUCUUUUUUUUUAAAUCUCGAGACUGCGAUCAUGUUGCAAAAUAUUUCUCUAUUAAAUCACAAAGAGAACACUAAACAUUGCAACAAAGGAGUUAAAGAAAAAUAUUUUACAAAUUUAAGAAAAACAAAUUUUUCAGAAAUUUACAAUAAAAUAAUUAAAAUUAUAAAUCUACAAUUUUCUGAUUAACAAAAGUUGAAUCAUUUUUCUCAACUCAAAGAAAUUAAUUUCUUUUCGCGAAUUGCUUGGCUCGCCUUUUCUCUAUUAAUUAAAAAAAACAGUUAAGAACUAACGCUUCUGAUCGCAAAUUAUUGCGUUUUGAGAAAGAGAUGUCGAGAAAAUAACAAAAUAUCGAAAAAUUCGCUUCGAAGAUAGUAUACAUUGCGAAAUAAAUAUAAAACGAAACCAAAAUACGAAAAAACAAAAAAAAGCUGUGAAUGUAAAUACGAAAAAAAGGGAUAUUAAUAUUUUUGUAAACGUUAUUCAAAUAGGUAACCAACUAAUGAUUAUCCUUUAUAAAUGGUGUAUUAUAUGAAUAAACGUAUAAAAAGUUUCUGCAAAACUUAUUCAUUUUUAAACUA